AUGGGGAAGUCUGUCCCGAAGAAAGAAGCCGGGCCCAAGGGAUGCGUCAAGAAAGAGGCUGGGUCCGAUUUACAGUGUGUGGCUGUCCAGCCUGAAGCAGGAGAGGUCAUCACGAUCCCUGACCCAAAAACCAAGAAGAAGGAUCGGGAGCAGAAUCGCACAACAGUGCGGGCCCGAUUGACUCCAACGGAGAUGGAGCUCAUCCGGGAGUACCGCAGCUCCGAUUCGACACCUGAAGACAGCCUCUUGAAGCUUCAGCAGCGUCUCAAAGCUGUCUACCUCUACGACGCGGGACUCAAGGCCGGAGUCUGUCAGAUUCUGACACGUCUGAAGCAAGAGAAGCUCGCUGCCGAAUUCUCAGAAGAACAGAGUGUCAAACUGCGUGAGGCUCUUGCCAAGUGA